CCUCCCUCCCUGCCUCUGCUCCGCGCGCACUCCGGAGUUGAGGAUGAAGACGCAGAACAUCAGGACCCUCUCCCUCAUCCUCUCCAUUAUUCUCUACUUGCUCAUAGGAGCCGCCGUCUUCGACGCGCUAGAGUCGGGAAGUGAGAGUUCAAAGAGAAGGGCGCUGGAGCAGAAGCUGAACGAGCUGAAGAAGAAGUACGGCUUCACCGAAGAUGGCUACAGGGAGGUGGAGAGAGUGGUCCGGCUGUCGGAGCCGCACCGAGCCGGGAGGCAGUGGAAGUUCGCCGGCUCUUUUUACUUUGCCAUCACUGUUAUCACCACGAUUGGUUAUGGCCACAUUACUCCUCGAACUGAUGCUGGCAAGGCCUUCUGUAUGUUUUACGCACUCCUGGGCAUUCCUCUGACACUGGUCAUGUUCCAGAGCGUGGGUGAGAGGAUCAAUACUUUUGUCCGCUACCUCCUGCGAAGAGCCAAGCAGGGCCUGGGCUUACGGAAGACGGAGGUAUCCAUGGGGAACAUGGUCCUGGUGGGUCUGCUGUCUUGCAUGAGCACUCUGUGUAUUGGAGCUGCGACCUUCUCUCAUUUUGAGGACUGGACCUUCUUCAAUGCCUAUUACUACUGCUUCAUCACGCUCACCACCAUUGGCUUUGGGGAUUUUGUAGCCCUGCAGAAGAAAGAUACUCUCCAGAAGCGACCCCCCUAUGUGGCCUUCAGCUUUAUGUACAUUUUGGUUGGGCUGACAGUGAUUGGAGCUUUUCUUAACCUGGUGGUCCUGAGGUUCCUCACUGUGAGCUCAGAGGAGCCUGAGGUGAGACUUGAGGCGGGGGGAGAGGAGCAGAGACCACAACCUAAAGACACACAAGAGGACAGGGAGGUAUCGGAUGCUGAGGCAGAAACUGCUGAGGUGGCAUAUAAAGACAGAGAAGAUGGACACAGCAGCCGCUGCAACCUGAGCCUGCCCAUGGAGGGGGGCACCAGCUGUACUAACCUCCUCCCCUCUCCUGCAGAGGAUCGCAGACUCAUUAUAUCUGAACACAGAGAGCACUCAAAGAUCCCUGAACCCUGCAGACUCAGAGCCUUGUUCUCCUGUAUUUGCUGUGGCCUGGAUAUCCACAACAGCCCCCCUCCAUCUCCCAGUGAUCAGGAGCGUGGCCACAGCAAUCCCGUCUUCUGCAACUCCAUCUCCUACAGGGUGGACCAGGCCUCGUGCAGCUCCUGCACCGCGUCGUCACAGGCCUCCCCCAGCAGCGUCACACUCUGCCUGGGCAAGAACAAUCCUCACACCAGGAGAAAGUCAUGCUAGCACUGUGAACUUUGUGUCAAAGUCUCCCCACAGAGCCGUCUGUUUUCUGCUUGGUGGAACAAACUGCUCUUUAACACUCAUGAAUGUAGCACUAUUUGUUAUCAGAUAAAAUGUAGCAUAUCAUAAAAAUCAUACAGUUUAUAAUGUAUUUUUCUACAUCAAUGAUAACUGCUAAUCUAAAAAUGCGUAAAAAAAUUGAGUAUGUGAGAUGUAUAUCUCACACAAUUUAAUUAUUUUAUGCAUAUAUAUAAACCCAUGUUUUUCAUCAAUACUGUCCCAGUGUAUGUUAUAUUUAAGUUAUCUAUAGGAAGUGUGUGAUCAGCUACCAUAAAAUAUUUGAAUAUUUUAAGUGUCAGACUUUCUGAAGUGUUGUCACCUGUGACCUUCAGUUAUUUCCAGUCAGUAAUCAUAGCUGUCUUCUAAUAGGAACGUACACUCUGUCGCUCUGGCUGGUUCCCUUGGUAACCUUUCCCUCCCCAUUGCUUAGUGCAGCGGAAAAGUGGAGACAGACACGUACAAUACAUUCAAGGCAGCAUCCAGUUAAAACUGCGAUUUCCAGACUGCGUCCUCUGUGAUGAAUGAGUGUGUCAGCAAAGAACGGAUUAUGAGUUGUUGCACUAAAAUGGUGGCAAAUUAGAAAAUGUCUCCAAACGAGUGUUUAAUUGCUUUGUUAGAUGUGUGGUUGAGUCACACAUUUCUAUUAUUCAAAUUAGAUUUUCAAUAUAAACCGCUGAGACAAGGCACAAAUUAAUCUUUAAUCCCACUUUUAAGUAUUUUGAAUAAAAAAGCUUGUUUAAUAUAGAAAAUAUGCCAUUUAUUCAUUAAAAUAACUUAAAGUGGUAGUCCACCAAACAUUUACAUAAAGGUCAGUUUACAAAGAUACCCACUGAGCCUGUGAAAGCAGUUCAAGUAGCACCUGUGACACUGGAGCAGCUUUCUAAAGUCUGAAAAAAUAACCCUGAUGAUGUCAUCAUCAGGUGAUGAUGUCAUCAGGGUCAUAACAGCUUGGGCUUGAGACUAAAAUAUUUAUUACAAACAACCUGCAUUACAAACAGGGGGUGUGGAGGUUGAAAAGGGUGAGCAUUUAUCAGGCAGCAUGGGUCAAACAAAGUUAUGAUUUUAUGCGCAUUAUGUGACGUGUAGGAUCCAGUAAUUUAGGAGCUUCGUCUGCACUAGGGGCUAAAAGUGAGGAAAUCUGUUGCUUUAAUUUUGACCAUUCCUAUUUUAAUAUGUUUCUAGUGAGUACCUCAACUUUACAGAAAUGCAAUACUAAAUCAUUGGAGGGUAAUCACACUCUACUUUUGUUUAAUACUGCCACAAGUUAUGUAAAAAAGACACAUGUUUUCACAGGUUGCCCAGUCAUCUUCAUGCGGCCUCACGUUUAUCUUUUCCUCUUCUGUUUCUGCUUUUACUCUGCAGGGUGACAUAGUGUUGAGAGUUUUCAAAUUCUUGACCUCAAUUAAAAGAACCCAGCUGACCUUUAUUCUCGUGCUCAAUCAGGGACAAUUUUUUACCUCACAUUUGAUGAUGUACUUGAAAACCUGGAGGAAGACCAGGAGUUUAAAACCACUGCCUGCCCUGCUGAACACCACUGAAAGAGGACGCUGAAGCUCCAGGAGUGCUGCUCUGUAGCUGAUUCUUCAAUCAGCAUAAAGUUCACCACUGGCAGCUUCCCAUGAUGACUUCAUUUGAAAUUACAAUUUUUAUCUCCUCCUGUUAAUAUUUCAAUAAUCUGUAGUUGACCUGUACUCUGACCUCCCUGUGGAGGGUCAACACGAGGAUCACUCAAGUUUUGCAUUACAUUAUAUUACUAAGAGAAGCCUCUUGUGUUAACUAGCAGUGACUUGCAUUUCAU